UGACGUCAGAUCCGUCCACAGUACUCUGUUCUCCAAAAUGGCAGCGCCAAUAAAAUUUGGACCGGCGAACAAGAGGUCUCAGAAAUAAAUGAUUUAUACCUUUUAAAUAGUAACAAUCAAAACCCAAGGAAAAUGAGCACCAUGUCAGGGUUACCGGAAACACGCUCAAGAUUCAAAUCUUCUAAACAAGAACAUACAGCGGCUGAAAAUGUACAGCCAACCGGAGAUGCCACCCCAAACACUGCCGAAGCUUUGGCCACAGGAGAGAGCGAAAGUAUUCUUCUACAGAUGGACAAACAGUACACAAAAUGCCUAGCAAUUUGUGCUUCUAGAAACUCUUCGUAUGGAUGGCUGAGGCCACUGAUGAAGGCACUAGAGAACAGUUGUCAUGGCAUUCCAUGGCUCUUGCUUGCCGCCUGGGCAAUUCUUAACUCGCGGGAUGUGAAGAAUCAGACACUGGCACUAAAUUUAAUGUUAGCUUUGAUAUUUGACCUAAUAAUGGUAGGUGUGGUGAAAACAGCUGCUAAGAGACCAAGACCACAACACAAUGAAAUGGACAUGUUUUUCACGGUCUCAGUGGAUCAUUUCUCAUUCCCCUCAGGUCACUCCACCCGAGCUGCCAUGCUCUUGUACUUUUUCCUGGACCAGUUAGUAUUGCCAAGUUUUGUCAAACUUGGGCUUAUCAUGUGGAGUGUGUGUGUGUCGCUAUCUCGCGUGAUGCUAGGACGCCAUCAUGUAUCAGAUGUUAUUAGCGGGUUUAUCAUGGGAUUAUCUCAGUAUGUCAUCCUGCACUCAGUUUUAUGGAUUGAAGAGAGUAGAGCAGGGAACAUUGUUCAUGGGAUACAGCAGUGUUUUGGUCUGAUAUGAUAGUGGGCCAUAUGAUAUUUAUAUAAUGUAUUAUUGUUAUUUAUAUAAUGUAUUAGAUACAGGCAAGGUGUUCUGUAUUGACUUAGUCCUUUCAAUGUGAAUAAUUGUGAAUUUUACAUGUACUAAAUUUUUUCAAGUCAUCAAUUCUUAUAAUAUAAGAACAUUCCUAUUGUGUGGUUGCAAGGAAACUGAAAAUCAAGCUUCCUUGUGUAAGUAUACGUACUUUCAAUUUCAUACAGAAAAAGUACCACAAAUGAUAAAAUGAUGUUUAUGAAGAAAUUGAUAAUUUCCCCCCAUUGAAGAGAUGGGAGUCAACACUGCCUGUGAUACACUCAUGUGCAUUAUGAGUGGUCAUCAUGUCCACCUUUGCUGAUGAGUACAGUAUCUUACUUUUACUAGUCUGGAUAUGAGGAGCUAAAGACCCAGUAUGUGAGAUCCACCACUGCAUGAUCUUUGCUAUCAACAUCUACUGUGGUAGAAGAGCAAGAUACACUGUAUCUGGGUAUUUUGUUCUCAACAUCCCAUGCGGUAUGACAAGGGGAAAUGUUGUGCACAAGUUUGAAAUUGACCUAUUUCUCCAAUGCUGUGAAAUACUUCUAGUCUCGUUGAUUACAUUACUUUUUAAAAUAUAUCUCUUGCUCCCAAUGCUUUGUUGUAUUUUUAAAUACAGGAUUCCUGGACCAUUGUUUGAUGGUACAUGUAUGUGGGAUCAGUUGCAUCUGAAUAGAAUUCCAGGAUGAAAUGUAAGCAAUUUUAGACAAAAACUGUUAUAAGUUGUAGAUAAAUUAUUGAGAACAUGGUAGAACUUUUACUCUGCUUUGCAUUCCCUUUUUUACAAAUUUUUGUUUGCAUGUAAAAGUCUGUAAUAAUGGUGUCAUGUGUGACUCUGUUAAUAAAUAAUUUGCUCCGAGAUAAAGAAUUGAUUGCUGUAAUGAA